UGAAUCCUGAGCGUUCGACAAUUUUCCAAGGUAGCCGUGUUCACUGCCGGCCUACAUACAAAGCGGAAGAUGUAGCCGAGGGCAUUUGUUUCUUUCACAGUGCAUUCUUGGCACUGAUGGCCAAACAGAGCUCGACCCUUGCGGUGUUGCGGAGAGCAGAGGUCUGUACCUACUGGGUGCUCUCUCUUGGCUCCCAUCUCUACUCCUUCUAUCAACUGCACAUGUUCUCCAAAGAACAUGAAGCAGGAUUGGAGAGACAGUCCCAACUGGAGAAAGGCUUUCUAAUAUGGGGGUAUAAAAAGGACCCCACAGACUUUGAGUGGAGUUUCUGGAGUCACUGGGCUAGAAAGUCUCUGCUGUGGACUCUGUUGGGCCAUGCUGUGGUCUCCAGAUUAGCCAGCUUCUUCAUUCCUAAGUUCAGAGUGACAGCUCUGUUGGCCUAUGGUCUCCUUGCGGCUUGCGGUGCGUUGGGGAUUAAAGGAGUGGGUGUGGUCCUUGGCCAUCUGGGCCUGUCAUUGGCUGUUGCCCAGCUGUGUAACCCUGCUCUGUCCUGGAGCUGUGCCCUGCUGCUGCUUUCCACCCUCCACAUCCCCCAACUGCAGGAGAUACAGAGAAGCUGGUACCAGACAGAAGAGGAGUACUACCUCUUACUCUUCAGUGUGGCUGUGUGCGGCCUGCGCUUCAUCAGCUUCAACCUGGAGCACUGCUGGUGCCCCCUGGAGGCUGGAGGACUGCAGCAGCAGCUCUACUGGCUGACAGCCUACUCCUUCUACCAUCCUUUGUUCUUCAACGGACCCAUCCUCACCUUCAAGGACUUCCUCCAACAGAUGCAGAUAUCUGUGAAGGAUCGUGGUGGUAGGAUGACGUUCCUCUCACUGCUGGCCAACGCUGGGAGGAUCUGUGUGUGGUGGCUUAUAGCAGAGUACUUGAUCCACCUGAUGUACAUGCACACUAUACAGGCCAACGAAACAUAUCUGGAGAUCCUGCCGCCUUGGGCCUUGGGUGGGCUGGCCCUGGCGUUAGUCCAGUUCUUCUACGUGAAGUACCUGGUUCUGUUUGGUGUUCCGUCUCUGCUAGCUGGAAUGGAUGGGCUGGACCCCCCGACGCUACCGCGCUGUGUCAGCAUUAUGCACAGUUUCACAGGAAUGUGGAGACACUUUGACGUGGGGCUGUAUCACUGGCUCAUCAGGUACAUUUACAUCCCAUUAGGAGGCUCUCACCAUGGGCUGCUGUGGAAGAUGCUGUCCACGGCUCUGGCAUUUGGCUUUGUGUGUUUCUGGCAUGGAGGACAUGACUACCUACAGUACUGGGCUCUGAUGAACUGGGUCGGGGUGCUGGUGGAGAAUGGAAUGACGAUCCUCCUCUCUUCUCCCCUCGUCUAUCCAUCUAUUGAGCGCUGUAUCUCCCCGGCCAUGAGGAGGCGAUGUUUGGCUCUCAUCUCAGCCUUCUCCACAGCCAUGCUCAUCCUGUCCAACCUCAUCUUCCUUGGGGGAAACCAUGUCGGCAGGAUCAUGUGGAAGAGGGUCUUCAUACAAGGUUGGUGUACAGUGGCUCCACCCAUGAUAGCCUUCCUCUAUUGCUUUGCCCAGAUCGGACUGGAGUGGGAGCACAACCCACCCUAAAUCACCAACCCCACAGAGACUGCAGGAAGGGAGGCAGAACUCACCCUAACGCACCAACACACAGUGCUGACUCUGCUAUGUGGGGAGAACAACCCACCUUAAACAACCCCACAGUGGACUCAGGUAGCCUAGCGGUUAAGAGCAUAAGGCCAGUAACCGAAAGGUUGCUGGUUCGAAUCCCGAGCCGACUA